AUGUCCUUACCCCCCCCCCCCCACCGGUCCGCAUGUCUACAGACUUACACUCUAGCAGAAGUUGAGGAGCGAUGGCGUGUGUUGAUGUACAAUCCCACAGCGUCUCAGAAUGCGCUACAAGACAUGCACGCGUUUGCCCAGAUCCCAGACAACCAAUCCCAGGGCGCGGCUGUACCAUUCAGCAGAGACGAACAGUUGAUCCUCACGCGGAUAGACUCGUUGCUGAACCAUACAGGAACACGAACACAGACAAUACCACACACCCACCGGCGGGGCAGUACCUACGCAGCCGCAGAUGGAGAUAGUAAAGGCCUGGGGGUGCAUGGUGAGGGUCUCACAGGACACCGAGCGCUGGCGCAGGAGGGGUACAGAGCAGCGGACUUACACACACACACACACCCACAUACAAACACGCGGCCGCAUACACACGAGUAUGGGCGUGUACAUACCCACGAGUAUGUACCAGUCGAUACAUGCGCACGAAGGGAUUUGGGUGGGGAGCUGGCCAGGGCACUGCAGCAGUUGUUGGGCGAUCAUCGAACGGUCUUUCACCCGUCUCGGACCGUCGCGCAGUUGGAGCAACACAUCGAAGACCUGCGACUGUCCGGGGUGUGGAAUAUGCUUAUCAAACUGGAUAGCACACGUGAGCGUAGCCGUACCGCAACGGCACCCGGCUCUGCGGCGGCCGGUGCAGGCGCUGCUGCCACGGAGGGGGUUGCCAUGGAAACGAGCAACAUUCUGAGUGGGAAAAGGCGGCAGAAAGACCGGAUCAAAGACACAGACAGCUACAAAGCCGGCAGUGGUGGCGCGGGGACACUCGGUGCGAGCGAAAGCUUGUCUAAUGUGCACGUACACGGGUUAGUUGGAAACGAGGGUGCUGUGCUGAGUUUUGAGGAUUAUGAGAAGGCGCUUAUAGAUGCACACCGAUUUGGCUGGCGGCGGAUUACUGCGUUGCCAGAGAGGGAUGAAUGUAGUGAGCCCGAAUGCUGUACGGCGGGAACGGCGAAGGCUGAUACGAAAACCAGGCCCAAGAGUCACAGCAAACGGUCGUUCUCGGAGGCGUUUCCACCCGAGAUUGAGAUGGAACUGGCAAUGACUGACAGACACGCCAAGCACAAACUUAGGAUUCUGGAAAAGCUGACAGACUCAUGGCAAUGGACUGCACUUGACGAUGCGAAAGUUCAUGCAACCACUAAGCUCAGAAUGUUUGGUGCCGAAUCGAAGUCGCUAGCACAUAUAUUUGGCGAGAAGCUUGAUCAGCACAUGACAUCAAAAGUGGUUUAUUUUGGGCGGUCAAACUGUGAUGUCAACUUAGCAUUCGAGGGACGUUCGCUCAAGAUUUCUCGGUUACAAGGCGCCAUCAAGCUCAAGAGUAAUCUCAGAUUCUAUUUAUAUAACUACGGCAAGCGGGAGAUAUACGUAAACGGCGUCGCUGUAAACAAAGGCGAGCGCCUUGUACUUAACCAUAUGGCUUUAAUAGAGAUCUUUGAGUAUAAACUGUUAUUUUCAGUGAACCUCGCGCUACUAUCAGAUAUAAGCCACGAUGUAAUUAACGCCGUCGUCAGUCAGUACGACGCAAAAAAAUAGAUGAGAUAAUAAUAAAGUACGAAUUGAAC